AUGAGCGAAGCUAAUAAAAACCCGAUCUACGCAAGCAAUGCGUACCCAGUCAUUCUGAAUGACCCGUUCAAUAAUAAGUUCGUCGACCUGACGGUAGCGUCUCAAUCUGCCCGUAAUGAUCAGACGUCGCUGGAAGACAGGUCGGCCGCCCUCCCAAGGACAAGGAAGCAGAGGACAAUCUCCUUGCCGCAACUGCCCUAUUCGAAACUAGUCUAUCAGUACAAUUUCCCAGGGGACUCGGCAUCCAUUCCCAGGGCAAGCACCUUCCAGGGUGCCAAUUUCAAUACGGUGGAGACGGAAGAUGAGUUGGUGAACUUGACAGGAGACUCGGCGAUUACAAUAGAGUCGAAUAGACUCAUCGAUAUAACCGUCGUAAGAUCUCCUUCACCUGCGUCCAGGCUAGGCAGAAACAGGAAUACUGACAGCAUUGCCGCCACAGAGAGCAACAGCAGUAACGAGAGCAUGCACAGCGGUGCAAGCAAUAGCAAGCAUGGUGGGCAUAUGAACGUUAACCAGUUCAAGAGGCGGUUGUCCUCCAUGACGAGCAGGACAUCGCACUCGAAGUUCUUUAAGAGUAGUAAUAAUAAUAUAAUAGAUGCAAAUUUCAACGGCAGCAGUCAAGCUGAUAACGACAACUACUUUCUUACCGACUCGAAUGGGGCUCUCUCAGAGAGUGUCUCCAGGUACAAAUCAACAGCCAGCAGCAGGUUGUCAGGGUCCUCCACAAGCGCAAACAAUUUAACCGCAAACAAUUUCAAAACAGAGAAAGAUGGCCACUACCAAUAUAAGGACAACGAUAUUUUCUGUGACAAGAGGUUUGUCGUGAAAGAGUUGCUGGGCCAAGGUACUUUUGGAAAAGUCCUGAAAUGCACAGACACAUUGAAUAACAACCAUAUGCUAGCUAUUAAAGUGAUAAAAGCAGUGGACAGGUAUAGAGAAGCAGCAAAGACGGAAUUAAGAAUUUUGAAAACUAUACAAGUAAAUGAUCCCGCAGGGGAGUUCCAAUGUAUACUGCUCAACGACGUCUUCGACUACAAAAAUCAUAUUUGCAUCGUCACUGAACUAUAUGGGAAAUCAGUUUAUGAUUUCAUGUGCUCUAAUGCAAUCGCAAGGUUCCCUGGAUCGCAGGUUCAGGCAGUCGCAAGACAACUUAUUAGAUCAGUCUGUUUCUUACACGAUUUAGGAAUAAUACACACAGAUUUGAAACCAGAAAAUAUAUUGCUCGUAGAUGACCAGAAAUAUCUAACGAGACAGCUGCCAAAGGAAAUAGUCAACCACUUAAGCGUAAGAAGAAAGAAUGCCAGCGAUGGUGGCAUUCAAAAGAUUCUAAAGAACCCAGAAAUCAAAAUCAUAGAUUUCGGAUCUGCUAUCUUCUACAACGAGUACCAUCCCCCAGUGAUUUCAACAAGGCACUACAGAGCUCCAGAAAUUAUUUUGGGCCUGGGUUGGUCCUUUCCUUGCGAUAUUUGGUCUAUCGGCUGUGUUCUAGUAGAGUUAGUCACUGGCGAAUCUUUAUACCCAAUUCAUGAAAAUUUAGAACAUUUGGCAAUGAUGGAAAGAAUUAACGGUACACAAGUACCCUCUAAAUUGGUAGAAAAAAUGUUUUAUAAAAUCAUGUCAAAACUUGGAAACCUGCCUGCCGAUAUUUCUACCACUGUUGCUAAACAUUUUGAUAAAAGCACUUACCAAUUAAAAUGGCCAGAAACUAAUAAGAGAGGAGAAAUUGUCUCCACAGCAAAAUCGAUUAAAAGAGUUAGAGAUGGAUGCGAUAGGAUCGAUAAAUAUCUCUCGAAGAAAAUUAAUCAAGACUUGUACGGGAACAAUCCUCUAAUGGUCGAUUUAAAUUUAUCACCGGAACAAAAUUGGAAACUUAUUAAGUCAAAAUUAUCAAGAAUGGAUGGGUAUAAAAAUUCACCUUGUAACUAUAACAAUUACUACCAUCUCGAUAAUUUCAACUUAAAUGAUAAUACGAAUUUAAACUACUAUUAUAAAAACGAAGAUGGCUCAGAUAGCCUUUCAUCAGGUAAUGAUAUGCCACAGUCUAGCUAUUUAACAACGGGUGAAUUAAAUACAACGCUUACAAAUGAAAAAAAAUUAUUGACAAAGGAAACGUUCUUAUUUUGGUACUACUUCACGGACUUAAUUAAUAAAAUGUUUGAAUUUGAUCCGACUAAGAGAAUAACUGCAAAGGAAGCAUUGGAACACGAAUGGUUUAAUUUAGGUAUACUCGACGAUGGUAUAACCAGUUUCAACGAUUAUUUAUCUUAA